CCCGUAACCGGUGGCCCCGCCCCUCUCUCCAGAAGGGAAACGCUCCGUUCCCUCUUUCUCUCGGUCGAGUGGGCAGAGCGGCCGCCCGUUCCUUCGCCCCGGGGGCCGCCCCCCCUCGCGCGGGUUGUGAGGCGGCGGCGACGACGACGACGCCUUCCGUUGGAGGAGAGGGGGAAGGAGCCGGGACCGAGACGACCAUGACGUUCAAGCGGAGCCGGGAUCGUUUCUAUAGUACUCGGUGCUGCGGCUGCUGCCAUGUCCGCACGGGGACUAUCAUCUUGGGCACUUGGUAUAUGGUUGUGAACCUGCUGAUGGGCAUUCUGCUGACAGUUGAAGUAACUCACCCAAAUACAGUGCCACAAGUCGAUAUCCAAUAUGAAGUUAUUGGUAACUACUAUCCCUCUGAGAGGGUGGCUGAAAAUGCAUGUGUUCUCUUUGCCAUUUCACUUCUCAUGUUCACAAUUAGCGCUAUGAUGGUGUAUGGAGCAAUUGCUCAUCGAGUUGGCUGGCUGAUUCCAUUCUUUUGCUACCAGCUCUUUGAUUUUGUUCUCAGCUGUCUGGUUGCUAUAAGUUCCUUGACAUACCUACCAAGAAUAAAAGACUACUUGGAUCAGCUGCCUGAAUUCCCCUACAAAGAUGAUCUCCUUGCCCUCGAUUCAAGCUGCCUUCUGUUCAUUGUUCUGGUAUUCUUUGUUUGGGUCAUCAUCUUAAAGGCCUACCUAAUUAACUGUGUAUGGAACUGCUAUAAAUACAUUUGCAACAGAAACAUGCCUGAAAUAGCAGUCUACCCUGCAUUUGAAGCACCUCAACAGUAUGUAUUGCCAACCUAUGAAAUGGCAAUGAAGAUGCCAGAGAAAGAACCACCACCUCCUUACUUACCUGCCUGAAGCAGCAAAACUUGUGAUGAAACACCUGUACAAGCUUCAUUUUUAUACAGCAAGACGGUUUAAAUAUUUGAGGCUUUAGAAGCAACAUUAUAUGAUUAAGAGGCAUUUGAUAUAAUUUUACUAAAUGAAUUCCAUAUGGACGUGACCCCAUAGUAGCUUUAAUUUCAUUGAUCUCCUUAAUCCUCUUAAGCAAACAAUUCUACAGGCACUUCUGUAUCUGUAUAUAAUUUCAUUCGUACAUAUUCAUUGACUCGUUUCACUUGGAUAAAUAAGGAUUAGUCUGGGUGUUUGCAAGAUCACGUGUUUUACAAAUACAGAUAAAUUCUGAAGGACAAUCGGAAGGCAAGAUGACAGUUUGUGGGGAUUUGUUUUUCUAUUUUAAUGAGGGCGAAGGAGUUAAGAAUGUGGGAUACAAUUCCAUACAUAUAUUUACUUGGCAUUUUGUCCUUUAUCUUACCUUUUUCCUGUGUUAUCCAAUGCCUUGAAACAAUAUUUUCAGGAAGCCUGAAGUUGGCACAACAUUGUGAAGUUUUUAACCAUAUGCUGUGAAUGCAGGAAAAGUGCUCACAGAAAUUACAUUUGUGUCAGUUGCAUGCUUCUAAUUUGUAUGCAUUUCCAUCUUUGUUUUUAAAUGAUGCUUUAAUAAAACUUGUUUUAAAAAGAG